UUCCUGGCUGUAUUUGUGUAUUCCUGUUGGUGGAACCAUGUUCCAAUCAAAAUUGCAGCAAGAUUUUAAGAAAGUCCAGAUGAUUAAAAUUAGAAAGCAUUCCUUUGUUGAUUGGUGAAGAAAGUAGCCAGGGGGGAAAAACAAGACCUACCAGAAAGAAGAGGUGGGUGAUAACCACAGCCAGCUGAACAUGGAAGGGGCUCUGAUCGCCCGGGACAGAGUUGGGGUACAGGACUUCGUUCUUUUGGAUUCCCACACCAGUGAGGCUGCUUUCUUGGACAACCUUCGCAAGCGAUACAGAGAGAACCUCAUCUACACAUAUAUUGGUACCCUUCUAGUAUCUGUGAAUCCCUACAAAGAGUUGGAUUUCUACUCAGUUAAACAGAUGGAGAUUUAUCAAGGGGUCAACUUUUUUGAACUGCCACCACAUAUAUAUGCCAUAGCUGACAAUGCCUACCGGGUAAUGUGUGCUGAAUACAAUAACCACUUCAUCCUCAUCUCUGGGGAGAGUGGCGCUGGGAAAACAGAAGCCUCCAAGAAGAUAUUGCAGUACUUUGCAGUGACCUGCCCAACUACGGAACAGCUGCAAAUAGUCCGUGAUCGCUUGCUGCUCUCCAAUCCAGUUCUGGAGGCUUUUGGAAAUGCAAAAACUCUGCGUAAUGACAACUCAAGUAGAUUUGGAAAAUACAUGGAUAUCCAAUUUGAUUUUAAGGGAGCUCCAGUAGGAGGGCAUAUCCUCAGUUACCUGAUUGAGAAAUCCCGAGUCGUUCAUCAAAACAAUGGGGAACGGAAUUUCCAUAUCUUCUACCAGUUGCUGGAGGGCGGGGAAGAUGACCUGCUUCGCUGGCUAGGACUGGAGCGCAACCCGCAGAAGUACAUGUAUCUUAUACAGGGUCGAUGUGCCAAAGUGUCUUCCAUUAAUGACAAGAGUGACUGGAAAACAGUCCGCAAAGCCUUCUCGGUCAUUGACUUCGCUGAAACAGAUAUUGAGCAUCUCUUUGGGGUCAUUGCCAGUGUCCUGCACCUGGGGAAUAUUCAGUAUGAAGAAGAUAGUAACGGUCAUGCCAUCAUCACCAACGGCAGCCAGAUCAAAUGGAUCUCAAAGUUAUUGGGCGUCCGCUUAUCCAUUCUACAGGAAGCUCUGACGCACAGAAAGAUAGAAGCCAGAUCAGAAGAGGUCCUAAGUCCCCUGAACAUAGACUUGGCAUUCUGUGCUCGGGAUGCAGCAGCUAAGGCGAUUUAUGGACGGACUUUUACUUGGCUAGUCAACAAAAUUAAUGGAUCUUUAGCCAACAAGGACCUCACCAGGAAAACGGUGAUUGGGCUGCUUGACAUCUAUGGGUUUGAAGUGUUUGAUACAAACAGUUUUGAACAGUUCUGCAUUAAUUACUGCAACGAAAAGCUUCAGCAGCUGUUAAUCGAAAUGACUCUGAAGGCAGAGCAGGAGGAAUAUGAGAUGGAAGGCAUAGAGUGGGAGCCAAUUCCAUAUUUCAACAACAAGAUCAUCUGUGACUUGGUUGAAGAGAAACACAAAGGAAUAAUCUCCAUACUGGAUGAAGAAUGUUUACGGCCUGGUGAAGCAACUGAUUUAAGCUUCCUGGAAAAGUUGGAAGAGAAAGUAGGAGAUCAUGCCCACUUCCUGACCCGCAAGCUUGCAGAUCAAAAGACACGAAAAUCAAUUGACUGGGUGGAUUUCCGUCUCCUUCACUAUGCAGGGGAGGUCACUUACUGCGUAGUAGGAUUCCUAGAGAAGAAUAAUGAUCUCCUGUACAGAAACUUAAAAGAGGUACUGUGCAAGUCUAAAAAUGGCAUAAUUAAAGAAUGUUUUCUUCCAUCUGAGCUAGACAACAGGAGACGGCCUGAGACUGUUGCAACCCAGUUCAAAAACAGCCUGGCUAGCCUAAUCGAAAUCCUGAUGUCCAAGGAGCCUUCUUACAUCCGGUGUAUUAAACCCAACGAGGGCAAAGAGCCUGGAAAGUUUGAUGACGUCCUGAUAAGACACCAGGUGAAGUACUUGGGGUUGAUGGAGCACUUGCGGGUGAGGCGAGCUGGCUUUGCAUACCGGCGAAAAUAUGAACUCUUCUUGCAAAGGUACAAGUCCCUGUGCCCGGCUACUUGGCCUCAUUGGCCUGGACCAGCAGCUGAUGGUGUGGAGACGCUCAUAAAACACAUUGGGUACAAACCUGAAGAAUACAAACUAGGAAGAACGAAAAUAUUCAUUCGUUUCCCAAGGACUCUGUUUGCCACAGAAGAUGCAUUUGAAUACAGCAAACACCUGCUAGUUACGAGAAUACAGGCCAGAUACAAAGGCUGCUUAGGGAAGAGAGAAUACAAGAAACAGAAGGAAGCAGCUAUUAAGCUCGAGGCCUGCUGGAGAGGGGCGCUGGCACGCAAAGAGGCCAAGAGAAGAGUGUGGGCUGUUGAGACCAUCAAAAAGUUUAUAAAAGGCUUCAUCAAUCGAAAAAAUCCUCUUUGCCCAGAAAACGAUGAGUUUAUAAGCUUUGUGCAGUACACCUAUCUCACGAAGCUCAGAGACCACGUUCCCAAAAAUGUCUUGGACAAGAACUGGCUCAAGCCUCCUGCUAUCUUGGAAGAGACCUCUGAGAUGCUGAAGAAAAUCUGCAUGAGGAACCUAGUGCGACAAUAUUGUCAAGGGAUUACAGCUGAGAAGAAGGCCCAGUUGCAGCAAAAAGUAGUAGCGAGUGCCAUUUUCAGAGGGAAGAAGGAUGGCUACCUGCAGAGCAUAAGCCAGCCCUUUGCAGACACCAGGCUAAGUGAGAAAGACAUAAACCCCAAAGUACUGCAACUAAUUCGUGGUGAGAAGGUCAAGUAUGUGACGCCAGUUGUAAAAUACGACAGGAACGGGUUUAAAGCACGAGAACGGCAACUUCUUCUGACCCAGUCAGCAGCUUAUGUGGUGGAAAUGGCCAAGAUCAAACAGAAAAUAGACUAUGCGACUCUGAAAGGUAUUUCUACCAGCAAUCUGAGCGAUGGGCUCUUGGUUGUCCAUGUUCCUGAGGACAACAAACAGAAGGGAGACGUGAUCCUUCAGUGCGAGCACAUCUUUGAGACCGUCACAAAGCUCAGCAUGCUGGCCAAUAAGCAGAACGCUGUCCAAGUUGUUCAGGGAAGCCUCCAGUUUCACAUCAGUUCUGGGAAAGAAGGGAUGAUAGCUUUCACAGCUGGGCAGGAGCCUCAGAUCUAUAAAGCCAAAAAUGGACGCCUAACCGUGGUGUCAACCAGAACAAAGUCCUGAUGGUGAACAGGAAUUCCUGCUCUGCUUAUCACUAUCUUUGCUCAGAACAGAAAGGAACCCACUGGAUGAGAUCAGCACUGACAUCUUCCAGCUGAAAGCUUUCUGCUGCCAUAAGACUGUUGUGAUUUGAGUUCACCUGCAUCAUUUCAGCUCUUUGGGGUUUUUUUAAACUGAAGUUAAUAUUCUGGAUUCCGUUAUGUUGCUGUAACAUUCCCAUUGAUGUAGAUUCUAGUUACUAAAUUUCAUAAAUCUGUUUAACCCAAACGAUGAAAUUCUCUAACAUGCAAAAAUAGCUGUCUUAACUUACUGGGUAAGUAAAGUUAAGAUCUUAACCCAUCCAGGAAAGACUUUGAGCAAAACCAAAAGGGGUUGAGCAGGGAUCAAAUGGCACUAACCAGCAGUAAUGCACAAACUGCAAGCAAAUGUGGCAGUAUGAUCUGGAACCAUCUCUGCCCCCAUGAGACAGCCUAGACUUCACCCUGAUGCACCAGAGCCUAAGUGGGCAGAGUGAGUGUGUGCUCUGAACACGUUCUUUACUUGACUCAACAUAGUACUAGAUGAGGUUGCUUAGCUGGAAACCUCAUUCACCCAGCUUUCUUUCUGGCCAGUUAGUGUCUAUAGUAGACAGAAGUCUGAGUCAUUCUUCAUGUUUGGUAUAUUGAUGGCUAUACACAGUGCACUGUAUGAGUACAAGGCACUGAAAAUAGUAAUGAAAUGAAAAUAAAAGAUGGGAGAAAAAAUUCUUUGACUUUAAAUUUAAUUGAGCUGAACCAAUAGAAUGUAAGAAUGGUCAGACCAAAGGUCCCUCUAGCCC